CGAUUGCAUCGACUGUCAACGGUGGAGAGACAUGCGCCAUGAAGACGGAGGACAUUCUGAAGGGUUUUGCAAAUGACAGCAAGGAAGGGAAUUCGGCUGGAGGGAACACCGUAGACUGCGCAGAGGUGCUUGCGACAAUAUGUGCACAGACUGCAGAGAUGAUGGGUGAUGGUGAUGAAACAGAGAAUGAUGCAGGAGGGAGCACUUGUGAGAUGGAAAAUGUUGGGGAAGAGAGAGAGGAGGGAGGUUUGGGAAGCAGGGAAUCUCUGACAGGGUGUAUUGUGAAAGAUGAAAAUGUGGUGAAGACAUCAGCAAGAGAAGAGUACCCAUAUGACAUCAGUUGGGUGUCGGGUCGUGUUCAACCGGAUAUUGUUGGAGGAGUACCCUACUUUGCGUUCAAAGUCGAAGGGACAUGGUUGCAGCAGCAUAUGGCCCCUGAAAAGUAUGACUAUCGUGUCAAUUGGGUCCCUGGAUGUUUGCAUCCUGCAGUGUUUGAUGGCAAGGUGACGAUGGCAGCAAGACUGCAAUCAGGGCAUUGGCUCCCAUUGGGAUGGAUGCAUGCAGGCAUUGCUGAGCAUUGGCAGUUCCUCGUGGUUCUGGCACGUGUCUCAAUUUUCAAUGUGAAUGUAAAGGACCACGUGCCCGUGGUUGAACACGCAAAGAGCUGCUGGGAGAAGAUAAGGGAGGAGGAGCGUCAGAUGGUGUGCGCGGGUUAUGACUCCAUAGCUGACCAGGGGAUGUGGUCCAUGGUUGAGGGGAGUUGUACAGGCCAAGAGCAUGACGACGGUCAGAACAGAUACAUGGCUCACAUUCGCCGCAGGCACGGUUGCACGACCGUUCUUGGUUGGGUCCCGGUCGUAUGUCCCAUGACAUAUAAGCAUGGUGGAGACGUCACCAUGAGAUUCCGAGACCCGCUUGGUGUGCCUUUCCAUCUGACCUACUCAGAUGGACUCCUGCGAGACAUUCGGUAUCUGUCGGAGAAUGACUUGGCAGGUUCAGCGCAGCCAGGCAAGAGGACAGAGAACCGCUCAAAAAUUUCCUGUUUGUCUGCUGACGUGGAGGACCCAUGUGGUCCUGGUUGCGUCGAGGGCUGCUCUGCAGCACAGGGUGACAUGGGCGGCCCAAGCGAUGUCGCGAUGUCGGAGAGCCCGGGGAAGGUGAAGAAGUGCACGUUGGGACCGCCACGUGGGCAGACGCCCGCAAGCAGAAAGAAGGUGAACCCCAAGGCGGUGCCAGCGACCGGAGACACCGCAGGUGCACGAACUCAGGUCCCCAGACGCCGUCGACGCCCCGGGAUGGCAACUUUGUCGGGAAUCAGAAAGUUGCAACAAUCCACCGACCUUCGCUUGGCUUUCAGGCCGUUCUUGCGGCUCAUGCACGAGGUUGUGGAGGAGGACAUUGCUCUGGGUAUGGGCGUGAGGUUUUAGAUGACGGCGGUGCGUGCUUUGAUGGA